AUGUCUCCAAAAAAUAUAUUUAUGUUGAAUUAUUUCAUUAAUGUGGUCUUGGCAAGUACCAGCUGUUUUGAAAAGCUGAAAGACGGUGAGAGGUUUGUGUGUUCAUCUGACCAUCCCACGGAUGAAGUAAUUAUUUCUCAAUCUUUGUUUCCUGCGGAGAAAGCUCUCAUGUUGUGCUUGAUCAGAUGUUCACAAACAAGCAGCUGUGUGGUUAACAACUUCUUCACCACUUCUAAUCGCUGCCAACUUUUCGAUUCAGUGGCAAAAACCAGUUCUGUUGUAGCCGGUUGUCAAAAUUUUGUUAAAAAAAGAAAAGAUUCUGGGCAACGUAGUUUGUUUGUCGAAAAUGAAAAUGCAGUCAAUCGAACUUUACUAAUAACUGUUGAUGAUUGGCUGAUCGAAUUUUACGUUAACGGCAUCUCGGUACCUAUCCAAACAUAUUUUCCAAAUGCGCAAAAUUUUAAGAAAGUAGACAGCUAUGAAUUGAGUGGGCAUGUCUCUGUCCUUGCCAUCAAGUCAAGAAGUCCUAGAGGAGCUGGCUUGCUUUUGUUUUACAAUAUUUUGGAGUUUUUCAUACGCAUCGCUGUCAUCAAUAUUCAUUGCGAAAAGAACUCAACAAACAUUACAAGUUUAUUAUGA